UCGUCCAUGUAGGAGAAACCCUAAUGGUUAAAAAGAAAACGUGUGAGGGGGCAGGCAUUAAAAUUUUGAGGUGAAAGAAGCAAGGAAACGAGUGAAGAAGGGGAAAAGUAAAGGAGGAGGGUAAACGGAAGACAAAGCAGAAAGAAAGAGAGAAAAAAAAAAACGGGAUUCUCUCUUUAUCUUCUCGCCGUUGGUUGAGUGGUGGGGAAAGGAUACGUUCUCAGAGAGAGAAAGAGAGAUGGUGGAUGCAUUGAACGAGGCGGCCGCGGCGGCUGCUGCGACCGUGGCCGGGAAGGCGUUCUUCGCCGACGACCUCGUGCUUGGGGAGUUGCAGAGCCAGGGGUUGCUUUUCCAGGAUUUUUUCGACCCGUCCGUCGAUGAGCUUCCGGGGAUUCCGGUGGAGAGCGGAGGCGGAGGCGACGAGGAAGAGGAGCUCGAGUGGCUGGCGGACAAGGACGCGUUUCCAUCGCUGGAGACAUCGUUCGAGAUUCCCGCCCACUCACUCAGCGGCGGCAGCAGCAGCGGAUGGAGCGGGAGCAACGGCGGCGCCGCCGUCAGGGAGGGCCCGAGCCCUGUUUCCGUCCUGGCCUCCGCCGCGUCCUUCUCCGCGCCGGCGCGGCCGAGGAGCAAAGGAAGGACGCGGCGGCGGAGGCCGCUGACGGCCAUCUCGCCUCAGCCGGCCGCCACCGCGCCCGCGAGGAAGGCCAGGGCCACGGAGCGGCGGUGGUGUCGGCACUGCCUGGCGGAGGAGACGCCGCAGUGGCGCGCGGGACCGGAGGGACUCAAGACGCUGUGCAACGCCUGCGGCGUCAGGUACAAGUCCGGCCGCCUCGUGCCGGAGUACCGCCCGGCAAGCAGCCCCACCUUCUCCGCCACCAUCCACUCCAACUCCCACCGCCGGAUCCUGGAGAUGCGCCGCCAGAAAGAACCCUCCCACGAGCGUAAAAUCACAAGGCUGCCGCCGCCGCCGCCGCCGCAGAUGCCGCUCGCCCCUCCCUUCAAGUCAAUGAAAAAAAUAAAAAAAUAAUUUAUUUAUUUUUCUUAAUUUAGGAUUUUGUUUUUUUCCCUUCUUUCUCUCCGCCGGAAAUGUAGAGUCUAAAUAUUCUCGCUAAUUUGUAGGCAGAAAUUUGAUAGCUUAACUUAAGUUGGUGAUUUCGUUCUAGUGAA